GGACAGAAUCUAAAUGGAAAUAAUCCCGUUAUUUCGGACGACAGAUUUGAAAGAAGAAAAAAAUAACGCAGUUUUGGCCACUCUACUUCCCUUCUUACUUGUCUUUCUUCUCUCAUCCACCUCACUCGCUUCCCUUCACUUCACUCAACUCACUUCCCUUAACUCUCAAAACCCUCACAAAUUCUUAAUUUCUUCAAAACCCUGAACAAAUACGCUUCAGAUCUACUUGUUAGUUUCUAUCUUUCUGUUGUUAUGACUCACUGAUUCCAAUAAUCGUCCUCAAUGUCAAGUUCCAACCCCAAAAAUGGACCAAAACCCGGACCCUGGCCACCCGCACCUGAUUCUGCACCUGUUCCUCCUUCUUCUUGGGCUAAACGCACUGGUUUCCGCCCAAAGUUUUCCGGGGAGACUAAUGCCAGUGAUUCGGGGCAAAUCACCUUGACGCCCAAGCUGAAGGAGACCGAAACACAACCGGUUACUGAAGCUGGUCGGGUUAGGAUCACUCCGGGACCAACGGCGGCGCCAGCUUCUGCGUCGGCACAGCCGGUAGUUAAUGGCAACAGUGAGAGGGUGCAAGCGGCGCCUUUGAAUAAGGAUCAGACCGUUAAGAGAAGGAGGGAGUCGGACAAGGGUUUGAGUGUGAAUGGGAAUGGGAACGGGGUGGCUCCAGCGGUGCAAACGGAGACAAAUCAGCAGCAGCCGAGGCGAGCGCCGAGGAAUGAUGACGUAGUGGUGGUUGAUGGUAUGGAUGAUAACAGUUUUGCCCCUAGACAGCACACGCAUAUGAAGUAUGAACUUAGAGACACUCCUGGCCUUGUGCCUAUUGGUCUAUAUGGGUUUCAACAUUAUCUUUCAAUCUUGGGUUCAUUGAUUCUUAUUCCGCUUGUCAUAGUUCCUGCAAUGGGUGGCACACACGAGGAUACUUCAAUGGUUGUAUCAACAGUGCUUUUUUUAUCUGGAGUGACCACACUUUUACAUACAUCUUUCGGGUCAAGGUUGCCUUUGAUACAAGGUCCAUCAUUUGUUUACCUUGCACCAGCAUUAGCAAUAAUCAACUCGCCAGAGUUUCAAGGACUGAAUGGCAAUAACUUCAAGCAUAUCAUGAAGGAGUUACAGGGAGCUAUUAUCAUAGCCUCAACUUUUCAAGCUAUACUUGGAUACAGUGGGCUGAUGUCCUUGUUUUUAGGGUUGAUCAAUCCAGUGGUUGUUGCCCCAACUAUUGCUGCUGUAGGUCUUUCCUUCUACAGUUAUGGUUUCCCACUUGUUGGUACCUGCAUUGAAAUUGGUGUAGUACAAAUAUUGCUGGUGAUCCUUUUUUCUCUGUACCUCCGUAAGAUUUCUGUUCUUGGUCAUCGCAUAUUUCUAAUUUAUGCGGUUCCCUUGGGUCUAGCAAUCACUUGGGCAGCUGCUUUUCUUUUGACUGAAGCAGGAGCUUAUAAUUACAAAGACUGUGAUGUGAAUAUUCCUGCAUCAAAUAUAAUAUCCAACCACUGCAGAAAGCAUGUUUCCCGGAUGAAGCAUUGUCGAGUUGAUACUUCUCAUGCAUUGAAAUCUUCCCCGUGGUUUAGAUUCCCUUAUCCAUUGCAGUGGGGAACUCCUGUGUUCAACUGGAAAAUGGCAGUCGUUAUGUGUGUGGUCUCCAUAAUUGCAUCAGUUGAUUCGGUUGGUUCAUAUCAUGCAUCAUCGCUACUAGUGGCAUCCAGACCUCCAACCCCAGGUGUUCUUAGUCGAGGGAUUGGUCUUGAAGGCCUUUCUAGUGUCUUGGCUGGUCUCUGGGGCACAGGAACUGGGUCCACAACUCUAACUGAAAAUGUGCAUACAAUUGCUGUGACUAAAAUGGGAAGCCGCAGAGCAGUUGAGUUUGGUGCCUGCAUUUUGAUAGUCUUAUCUCUUGUAGGCAAAGUUGGAGGUUUUAUUGCUUCAAUUCCUGAAGUCAUGGUUGCUGCACUCCUCUGUUUCAUGUGGGGGAUGCUUGCAGCACUAGGAUUGUCUAAUUUACGAUAUAGUGAAGCUGGAAGCUCUCGCAAUAUUAUCAUAGUUGGGUUAUCUUUAUUUUUCUCUCUAUCAAUACCAUCCUACUUCCAGCAAUAUGGCAUCUCUUCAAAUACCAACUUAUCUGUCCCAGGAUACUUUCAGCCAUAUAUUGUUGCUUCUCAUGGUCCAAUCAGCAGCAAAUAUGGAGGCGUGAACUAUGUCAUGAACACAUUAUUGUCAAUGAAUAUGGUGGUUGCGUUCCUUUUUGCUGUUAUCCUGGACAACACUGUGCCUGGCAGUCGGCAAGAACGGGGUGUGUAUGAAUGGUCUGAAGCUGAGGCUGCAAGGAGGGAGCCGGCUGUUACCAAGGACUAUGAGUUGCCCCUCAGAGUUGGUAGGGUUUUCCGAUGGGUAAAAUGGGUCGGGCUUUGAGAGGGGAUUUCUUUUUUCAGUUAUUAUUGCAACAACCUUCACAUUGUGAAGCUCUGAAAUAGCAAUUCCUGGGGGAUGAUCUUGCGAUGUGAUUCUAAAUGUAAGUCCCUUAGGCUCGCUUCGUAAAUAGCUUUCUAGAAACUUUGUUCAUUUUUCUCACACGAUGGGAGUUCUUCGACUAUAGGUCUUAUAGAGAUGAGUUAUUCGUGUGCAUUGAGGAUCCAGAGGGAUCUGUUGUUGGAAUUUGAAAUAUGUAAUUUUGAGUCAUUGAAAUUGCCUAGACUGGCAUUACACUUGUGUCCAAGAGAAACAUUGACAAAUAACCUUUUGCCAUGUAUAUUUUUUCAAUCAGCAUCUUAAGUGAGUGCUGGAUUCGAUUCUAUUUUCAUUGUGAGAGAGAUCUGCCUGGUCAAAUGUCAGUCAUUUGUAUUUCAAUCUUCCAAUUUCAUUAGGGUAUAUAUA